GUUGACUCAAACGGGCGAAUUUUAUAUCUUUGCGCGGGUCUGUCAAAAACUAGUUUCGCUGGGUAAGGAACAUUUCAGCAGGUAUCCUAAAAUUUCCAUUGUUAGUAGCAAUAACCCAUUGCUGCAGAGAGCUCAACGCCUUUCACAGGUCGAUGUUAGGUGACCAUAAAGCUGAGUGGAUGUGCAGUAGUUGAACAACAUGGACACUUAUAGUCAGCGCUUCGAAGCCACGUCGGGACGAGAAGGUAAAUCUCAUAAGAAGAAGGCUUCCUCCUCCCACCUUGGUACGCCGUGCUCAGAAGAAGGAGACCGCAAACCUAAAUUUCACCUACCAUUUAGAAAUCUCACUGAUGACAUGCUGGACAGGUUUGCAAGUAUUCGGAUACCGGGUAGUAAGAAGGAACGUGCAGCCAUAUCCCAUUCUAAAUACAGUACCACUGAUUGGUCUGUAUUUUCAUCAUCAAACGCCCAGUUUGAGGAGCUUUCAUCAAAGAUCACUUCAGAAAAGGAAAUAUUGGCACUGUUUGAAAAGAUGAUGGAGGAUAUGAACUUGAAUGAGGAAAAAAAGACUCCCUUGAGAAACAAGGACAUGAAUACAAAGAGAGAAAUGGUCAUCCAGUAUGUUUGUACUGCUUCAAAAACGGGUAGCUUGACCAACAGCUUUCAGAUUUCUCCUCAAGAAUUCCUGGGAGAACUUAAGUCAGGAGUGAUGGAAGAACGGCUAUUUGCUUGCCUAGACUCACUGCGUGUCUCUCUUACCAGCAAUCCUGUUAGUUGGGUGCAGAGCUUUGGUCACGAGGGCCUUGGACUGCUACUUGACAUUUUGGAGAGGUUGCUGGCCAAGAAACGGCAGGAGAGGAUUGACAAAAAGAACCAACAUAAGGUUAUUCAAUGUUUAAAGGCCUUCAUGAACAAUAAGUACGGCUUGGAUAGAAUACUUGGGGAGGAGCGAAGUCUUGCACUACUAGCAAGAGCAAUAGAUCCCACCCAGUCUGCUAUGAUGACUGAUGUGAUGAAGUUGUUGUCAGCCAUCUGCAUUGUGGGCGAAGACAACAUUUUGGAGAAGGUCCUGGAAGCCCUCACCACUGCUGGGGAAUGGAGAGCCAUUGAAAGAUUUAAUCCCAUCGUUCAAGGUCUACAAGAUCGCUCAGUGCAGUUACAAGUGGCAUGCAUGCAGUUAAUCAAUGCACUUGUGACAUCACCUGAUGAACUGGAUUUAAGGCUGCAUAUCAGAAAUGAAUUCAUUCGUUGUGGCCUUAAAGUAAUUUUACCACAACUGUCAUCUGUGAGAAAUGAGGCCCUUGACAUUCAGCUGAGGGUAUUUGAGGAACACAAGGAAGAGGACAUGAUGGAGUUUUCACACAGGCUGGAGGACAUCAAAAGCGAAAUGGAUGAUGCUGGGGACGUGUUCAGUAUUUUGCUGAAUAUGGUGAAGGACAGCGGUGCCGAAAACUAUUUAAUCUCAAUACUGCAGCACUUGGUCCUGAUUCGCAAUGACUACUUAGUCAGGCUUCAGUACUUUAAGAUCAUUGAGGAGUGUGUGUCUCAAAUUGUUCUGCAUCGUAGUGGAACAGAUCCAGACUUCAGCUAUCGUAAACGUCUUGAUGUGGAUUUCAGCCACCUUGUAGAGGUUUGUGUAGAAAAGGCAAGAUUUGAGGAGUAUGAGCAAAGAUCUUUAGAACUGGCAGAGAAGUUUGAUGAAGAAUUUCUCAAACGACAGGAGGCCCAAGCUCAGUUGGUUAAAAGUGAAGAAAAGGUAGCUGAGCUUCAAGUUGAGCUGCAACAUUUUAAAUCCCAGAUUGGAGCUAUUCCAUUGGUUGGGAUAUCUGGUCACGUUGCACAGGAGUUUUCUUCUUCUCUGUCACCACGCGGGUCCUUACCCUGUAACGCAGCAUCUGGGUUGCCAGUUCCUCCUCCUCCACCACCUCCUCCAUUACCUGGUUGCCCUGCACCCCCUCCUCCUCCUCCUGGUGUACCUCCUCCAUUUGGUGCCCCUCCAUUUCCCCCAUUAGGAUUUGCAUGUGGUCCAGCCUUGUCCACUUGCCUUACCCUGCCUUAUGGCCUUAGGCCGAAAAAGGAAUUCAAGCCUGAGAAUUCCACAAAACGCUUGAAUUGGGCAAAGAUCCAUCCCCAGGAAAUGUCAGAGGGCUGUUUCUGGGUGCUCGCUAAUGAUGACCAAUAUGCAAAGCCAGAUUUGCUCAACAGAGUUGGGCUCACCUUUGGUUCACAAAGAGCAGAUUGUGAAGAGAGUGCAUCAACUGAGGAGCUACCCAAAAGAGAAGAAGAGGAUCUUGAUGAUAAAAAAUCUAUUAAGAAGCGAAUUAAAGAGCUGAAGGUGCUUGAUCCCAAGAUUGCGCAGAAUCUAUCAAUUUUCCUAGGUUCUUUCCGUAUGCCUUACAAAGAAAUUCGUCAGAUGAUAUUGGAAGUUGAUGAAGAGCAGCUAACUGAACCAAUGAUUCAGAACCUUGUGAAACACUUGCCUGAGCAGGAGCAGCUGAAUGCUUUGGCCAAAUACAAGAAUGACUAUCCAAAUUUGUCAGAGCCGGAGCAGUUUGGGGUUAUUAUGAGCAGUGUAAAGCGGCUUUGUCCCCGACUCAACCAUAUCCUCUUCCGACUACAGUUUGAUGAGCAAGUAAAUAAUAUUCGUCCUGAUAUUUUGGCUGUAAAUUCUGCUUGUGACGAAGUCAGGACGAGCCACUCCUUCGGCUGCUUGCUGGAACUCGUAUUGCUGCUGGGUAAUUACCUGAAUGCUGGUUCCAGGAAUGCCCAGUCCUUUGGCUUUGACCUCAGCUCCCUCUGCAAGCUAAAAGAUACCAAGUCUUGUGACCAGAAGACCACAUUACUCCAUUUCCUGGCACAAAUAUGUGAGGAGGAAUUUCCAGACGUAAUAAAAUUUGUUGAAGACCUGAAACAUGUGGACCGAGCAAGCAGAGUGUCUGCAGAGAAUUUGGAAAAGAGCCUCAGGCAGAUGGAGAAGCAGCUGUUGCAGCUGGAGAGAGACCUCGAGACUUUUUCGUCCCCUGAUGACCCUAGUGACAUGUUCUUUAGUAAAAUGGCUAGCUUCAGCAAGCUGGCACGUGAGCAGUAUGGCAAACUGGUGACCAUGCAAAGCAACAUGGAGACACUUUACCUAAAUCUCUUGGAGUAUUAUGCUGUUGAUCCAAAGAAAACUUCAGUGGAGGAGUUCUUCACUGAUCUCAGCAACUUCCGUACAAUGUUUAUACAAGCACUCAAAGACAACAUGAAGCGCAAAGAGUGUGAAGAGAAACAGAGGAGAGCACAGGCAGCAAAAGAAAAGGCUGAGCGUGAAAAGCAGGAGAGACAACAGAAAAAGAGCGGGCUGCUUGAACUUAAUGCAGAGAAUGAUGAGACAGGUGUGAUGGAUUGUCUGCUAGAAGCCUUGCAAUCAGGAGCUGCAUUCAGAGACCGCAGGAAGAGAGCACCAAGACCCAGAGAUAACAAGCAGAAGACCAUCAGCCCCAGCACCUACCGUCAGGUUCUAAGGCCUGUUAAUCAUGAAAACAAGACUGCGCCCUUACUUCGCACUCGUUCUAGGCUGAACGUAAAUGCAAGUUCAGCCGUGGUGAAGACUCUACCCAAUAAGGAGUCUGAAAGCCAAGCAGCUUCAGCAGCACCAUCCAAAGUGGCAGUGAGUUCACAGCGAGAACGCAGGGACAGGAGCACCCUAGUCCACAGUUUUGGGUCAGAGAGUGAAAGAGUGCUAGUUGGGGAAGAACAUAAAUGUGCAGAUGUCAAGAAAGAGAUUGAAAGUGAGCUUUUAACCUCUCAGCCGUCAUCCACUGGUUCGAUCGUCUCUAGCACCAAUGGGGAGUCUGAUGUAGAAGCUCUGUUAGCAAAACUCAGGGCAUUGUAGUCAUCACUCCUUUGAACCUUGUUAUAUUAGAUUUAGCAUAUUGCUGUUUUCAUACAACACAAAAAUGUGCUCAUAUUGUGUUCAAAGGUGUAAAAUAAAGGUCUGUAUCAUCUAAAAAAAAUCUGAUGAAAAUGAACAGAGACUUCAAUUCAAUAUGUACAGAAUAUCUAGAAUAUGUUUGAAAUUUGUACAAAAACUGACACGUCUAGUAAAGGAAAUGGAUUCAAGGGAAAUACGAAGCCUUUGUGUGAAUAAUGAUAAUAGUUAACUCAUUUCAUUUGUCAUUUACUUUUAACCAGUCGAUUCAGAACUUUUAUUAAUGACAUUUUUGGUCUUGACAAACAAUUUUGAAUCAGACGUGUAAUAUUACGCACCAAUUUCUAAUCCCAAUUUCUGAUUGAUUUUCACUUUUGCUGCAUUUGUCAUUAAUGUGUAUUUAUUUCAUUUCAUAUAUGUAUUUUUCAGCAAGCUCUCAUAAGGAUUUUGUAUGAUUAUUAUUGUAAAUGUUUAGCGUCACUUCAUAUUCGGACUGUUUUUCAGUUAAACUAGUUCAAUUACACUUGCUCUUGCUUUGUAUACAAAUAAUCAAUUACAGUGACACUCAAAUAUCCUGGCACAAAAUUAUUUUAAUGAUUCCAUAAUGUGUUCCAAUGAAUCAAGUGUAAAACAGGGUUUGACAAAACUACCAAGUAUAAAAUCCUCUUGCAUUACCACAAACGUUGUAUGUGUAAUGUUCAGAUCAAAUCACAUGAAAUUGGUUUUAGUAUUUAAAUUCUAAUUCACACACAAUGGAAUAACAAACUACCUUUUCAGUUCUAAUCUUUGAAGUUGUAUUGUCCAUUAUGCUGUCAAUUGAGUUUUCUAUUUAAAAAGAUUUUCUACUUUUUGUGUAAUUUGUAUUUGUAAUAUUAUAACUGAUUUGUGUUGCUGUUGUUUUACAAAUUUGUAGCAAUGACAACCAAUUUAUACCAAAGAAAUAAAACUUUUCUUAAUAUGCAUUCAUAAAAUAAACAAAAGUACAUUUUCAGAUGCUCAAUCCUUAUAUCAUAUUGCAGAAUUAAUAAA